AUGACGAGCGCGCACCAAAACCACGACGCUUCGAGCGGCGACACCGGCCAGAACCACCUGGACAACCCGGAAAAGUCUCCUGUUGAUGCGCCCUCGCCUGCGCAAGUCGAGUCGCCUACACAACCAGAUGCCAACAAUGAGCUGGAAAAGAGCGCAUCGGGAGCGCCUCUCGAUCACACCCCUUCGCAGGCACAGAAGAUGGGAAAGAAGAAGAUCGCGGUCGUCAUGGCAGCUCUCUGUUUGGUUUUGUUCCUAGCCGCCCUGGACAUGACCAUCAUUUCCACGGCCCUGCCAACCAUCGCCUCCGAUUUCCAUGCCUCCGAAAGCGGCUAUUCAUGGAUCGCAUCGUCCUAUCUCCUGGCAAAUGCGGCGUGCAUACCUCUGUGGGGUAAAUUGAGUGACAUCUGGGGAAGAAAGCCGAUAAUUUUGCUCGCCAACCUCGCCUUUCUUGUUGGUAGUUUGAUCUGCGCUUUGGCCAAGAAUAUGCCGAUGAUCAUCGCCGGCCGAGCUAUCCAAGGUGUUGGCGGUGGUGGGAUUAUUAUCCUGGCGAAUAUCAGUGUCUCGGAUUUGUUCAGUAUGAGAGAUCGUCCGAUGUAUUACGGCCUCUUUGGCGCGACGUGGGCUAUUGCGGGUGCUCUGGGACCCAUUGUUGGCGGCGCUUUCACCACGGAUGUGACCUGGAGGUGGUGUUUCUGGAUCAACUUGCCUAUUGGCGGGCUCUCGUUCGUCAUCCUGGUCUUCUUCCUUCACAUUGAAUCGCCCAAGACUCCACUUUUGGCCGGCCUGCGCAACAUUGACUGGGCGGGCACUUUCUUGAUUAUCGGCGGAACUCUGAUGUUCCUCUUCGGGCUGGAAUUCGGUGGCGUCGACUACCCGUGGGAUUCAGCCACUGUGGUUUGUCUCAUCGUCUUCGGCGUGCUCGUCUGGGCUCUGGCCAUGUUCGCCGAGUGGAAGCUGGCCAAAUAUCCCAUCAUCCCGACCCGGCUCUUCAGCGAAUGGUACAACGUGCUGAUUCUUCUGAUCUGCUUCUGCCACGGCUUUGUCUUCAUUGCCGGAGCCUACUACAUGCCGCUAUAUUUCCAGACGGUCCUUUUGGCCACCCCGAUUCUGAGUGGUGUCUACGUGUUGCCACUAGUCUUGUCUCUCUCCUUCGUCUCGGUGAUUACGGGUGUGACCAUGAAAAAGACGGGCCGCUAUCGCGAACUUAUCAUGGCCGGAAUGUUCUUCAUCGCGCUCGGCUUUGGUCUUUUCAUUGACCUCAAGCCCUACGCCUCCUGGCCACGCAUUAUCAUUUACCAGAUCAUCGCUGGUAUUGGUGUUGGUCCCAACUUCCAGGCGCCCCUCGUCGCCUUCCAGGCCAACGUCCGCGCCGCCGACAUGGCCACCGCGACAGCCACUUUUGGAUUUGUUCGUCAACUCUCUACCUCCAUUUCCGUUGUGCUCGGCACCGUCAUCUACCAAAACAUCAUGAGCCAACAGGCCCCGAGCCUGAUAGCCGCCAUUGGACCCGAACGCACAGCCGCCAUCUCUUCCUCCUUCUCUGGCUCGUCCAAGUCGCUCGUCCAGGGCCUCACGCCCUCCCAGCGUGAACUCGUUCUUGGGGCCUUUACCCAUGCCCUCAACCGCAUGUGGAUCUUUUAUACAGCCAUUGCUGGUGUUGGCUUUAUCUUGUCUCUAUUUAUCCGCCCGCGUGAACUCAGCCGCUCACAUACCAUCCAAAAGACAGGUCUGGCUGAGCAGGAGCGUGCUCGUCAGGAACUCCUCGAGUCUGAGCAGAAGACCGAGUCGAAGCCUGCGGCUGAUGUUUAG